CCUCUCUCUUACUUGCUUAUUACUCCAGCAAACAGAGAAAAAUCUGGUACUUGAUUAACUCUCAGAUCCGGUGCGUCUUCUCAGCUACAGUCGUCAUCUCCGCCGACGAUUUUGGUCAACCGAGUCAAUAGAUCUUCCAUUCUCAUUCAGAUCCACCGAGCCAAAAAGGUUUGUACAAUCCAAACAAUUCUUUUGAUAAACAUUUAAUUUUACUUCUCUGUAUUGUGAAACGAUGGCUCCAAGCACGAUCCGUAAGGCGAUCGGUGCAGUGAAGGAUCAAACGAGUAUAAGUUUGGCAAAAGUGGCUGGUAACAUUGCACCGGAGCUUGAAGUUUUGGUUGUUAAAGCCACUAGUCAUGAUGAUGAGCCGGCUGAUGAGAAAUAUAUUAGGGAAAUAAUAAGUAUGACUUGUUAUUCUAGAGGGUAUGUUACUGCAUGUGUUGCUACUAUAUCAAAGAGAUUGAGUAAAACUCAUGAUUGGAUAGUGGCCGUGAAGGCACUCAUGCUAGUGCACAGGCUUUUGUUAGAUGGGCAUUUGCUGUUUGGCGAGGAAAUUGUGUAUGCAACGAGGAGAGGGAUGAGGGUUUUGAAUAUGUCAGAUUUUAGAGAUGAGGCACAUUCAAAUUCGUGGGAUCAUGGUGGCUUUGUGAGGUUUUAUGCUAUGUACUUAGAUGAGAAGGUGGAAUUUGAUGUUUAUGAGAAGAAAAAACAGGGUGGGGAUGGAAAAUUUGAGGAGAAAGAUGAUAGGUUUAAGGAUGAUUUUGACUAUGGAAUGGGGACAGGAUCGAGAUCAUAUGGUGAUGUGAAAGAGUCAGUGAAAAGAGAGGAAAAAAAAGAGGCUACUCCUAUGAGAGAAAUGAGUCCUGAGAGGGUAUUAGCGAGGUUGAAUCAGUUGUUGAGGAUCCUUGAUAGGGUUUUGAGUUGUAGGCCAACAGGUGCUGCCAAGAAUAGCAGGUUGGUGCUUGUUGCACUUUAUUUGGUUGUGAAGGAGAGCUUUGGGUUAUAUAUUGAGAUAUGUGGCGCAUUGGGGGUGUUGUUGGAUAGAUUUACAGAGAUGGAGUAUGCAGAUUGUGUCAGGGGUUUUGAUACUUAUGUUAGUGCAGCCAAGAUGAUUGAUGAGCUCGUGGGAUUUUAUGGUUGGUGCAAGGACAUGGGGAUUGCAAGAUCAUCCGAGUACCCAGAAGUGCAGAGGAUUACUGAUAAGCUUUUGGGGACACUUGAUGGUUUCUUGAAGGAGAUGGCAAACAGACCAAAGAGUCCUGAGAGAGUUAGGGGGGAGAAACCUUCUAUUAAGGAAGAAGCGGAACUAGAUAUUAAUGAGGUUAAGGCUCUGCCUCCACCUGAGAGUUACACUGCUCCACCACCACCUCCACCUGAGCCCCAACAAGCUCCCAAACCUCAGCCUCAACAGGUAACAGAGGAUUUGGUAAAUUUAAAGGAGGAUGCAAUUACAGCUGAUGAGCAAGGCAACAAACUGGCUUUAGCUUUGUUCCCUGGGCCACCAACUACAAAUACAAAUGGUUCAUGGGAAGCAUUCCCCUCAAAUGGAGAACCUGAGGUGACUUCUGCAUGGCAAACACCAGCUGCUGAGACUGGUAAAGCAGAUUGGGAAUUAGCUUUGGUGGAAUCUGCAAGUAAUCUAUCCAAGCAGAAAGCUGCAUAUGCAGGUGGUUUUGAUCCAUUAUUGUUAAAUGGCAUGUAUGAUCAAGGGGCAGUAAGACAGCAUGUAAAUGCCACUCAACUGACUGGUGGAAGUGCAAGCAGUGUGACACUGCCUGUGCCAGGAAAGAGUUCUACACCAGUUCUGGCUCUGCCUGCCCCUGAUGGGACUGUUCAAAAGUUGGGGAAUGAAGAUCCAUUCGCAGCAUCCCUUUCUGUGCCGCCUCCAGCUUAUGUGCAGAUGGCAGAAAUGGAGAGGAAGCAGCAGUUUCUUGUAAAGGAACAGCAGCUGUGGCAGCAAUAUGGAAGGGAUGGGAUGCAAGGCCAAGUUGGUUUGAACAAGAUUGCUGGUAACCUUGGCUAUUAUGGUCCUAAUCCUCAACUCAUGAUGCCUUAUGGGAUGCCACAGGUCACUGGUAUGGGGCAGCCUGGAGGGUAUUACUAUGCCCCCUAUUGAUUAGGCUGUAUUUAUGGAGGUCUGGUUUUUCCUUUGCUGCACAUUACUACGUACUUCCCCCCAUGGAAGAUGUUCUCUAUCUUCUAAAGUUUUUUCACCAUUUUCUUGUGUACUUACCUUCAUCCGAUGGAGUAAAGCACGCAGGAUUUGAUAUUGAAUAUAGUAAAUGACUAGUGUCUAUCACAAUUUGUCCAAUAUUUUAUAAUAUUUUACGGUUGUUAAACAA